AUGGUUAGAAUCAGUUCGCUCAGUUCCAGCAAGCUCUGGACCUUCUACGUUUUGGGAGCACAUUUGCUCCAGAUGGCCGCUGUGGACGCUGCGUCCGUUCAGCAUCGGGCCAGAACCGAUGCUCUGCAAGCUCACCUUUCCGAUACUCAGCAGGUUCUUGCGCCGGCUCCAUACUAUGAGAAAAGAGACUACGAAGAGGACGAUUUAGAAGCUGAGAAUUACGACGAGGACGACGAGGAGUACGUUGCCGAAGAGUACCAAGAAGAGGAGGAAGAAGACGGCGAUCUUGAGGCCUCCAGCGCUAGUUUUUCUGUGGAUGUACCUGUCAAAGGGCCCGUUGCCGAGGAGGACCAGAGCUACGACAAAGAAGGGAGACAGCUGGUGUACGAGGUGGACGUUGACCAGGUGAAAAAUAUGAUCGAUCUUUAUUUGGCGAUGGGCAAGGAGAAAUUCGCUGGGUUCCUUGCUACAUGCUCGAACGGUCACUUCAUGGAGGCCAUGAAGAUGCUGAGCGCCGACAUGGCUUCCAAUAAGGAGGGCGGCAACCUGGGCCGUCUGAACAAGUUUUUGGACGCUACUGAAGAAUACCUCAAGCACAACACUGCUGCAGAGAUGUUCAGAAACGCUUUCAAGGGCGGCAAAGACGUCGAAACCUUCAAGCAACUAGAGAAACUCGACCAGUACUGUGUUGAGAACGAGGAGGAGUGCAACGAAGAGCUCACGUUCCAGCAGCAGUCUGUGGAGAACUCGACUCUCAGCAUAGAGUACAAGAGACAGGCGCGCAGAAGAUCAAAGCUGAUCCAGCAGGUUCUUCAGGACAUCGAGGACGGUAAGGACGUUCCUAUUAGUGCUGCAGAGUUCGAGUACAGGGAGGGCAACAUUUUCCUUGACGAGAAUUCCAACGAGUACUACGAGCUGAACGAGGACGACUGUCAGAGCGGUGCAAGCCACCUACGGUCCAGCUUUUCCACCCUGAUUGCCAUUUUCAUGGUGACACUUCUUAUUUAG